CCCGCCCACUAAUCGAGGGAGGGCUCCAACAGGGAAGUGCCACGUCGGGCCUUCCGGAGGCUUGAGGCCCGCGUGAAGAGGCGGCAUGCGGGGCUCGUGGUCGGGGCUGCUGGCCCUGCUGUGGGCCGGGGGCUGCCUGGGCCUGUCCUUCCACCUCCCUCCGCAGGCGCGGAAGUGCCUCAAGGAGGAGCUCCAUCGCGACGUCAUGGUCACCGGCGAGUACGAGGUCUCCGAGGCCGCUGCGCCGGGCAUCAGGGCAGACCUCCGGGUGACCGACUCCUCCGGUCACAUCCUUUACUCCAAGGACGAUGCCAAAAAAGGGAAGUUUGCCUUCACCACCGACGAUUAUGAAAUCUACGAGAUUUGCUUUGAGAGCCAUGGGCAGCCCGGGAACUUCCGGGUCCCGGACCAACUGGUCACCCUCAACAUCAAGCAUGGCGUGGAGGCCCGGAAUUAUGAAGACAUUGCGAAGGCAGAGAAGCUGAAGCCCCUCGAGGUGGACUUGCGCCGGCUGGAGGACCUUUCCGAAUCCAUCGUCAAAGACUUCGCCUUCAUGAAGCAGCGAGAGGAGGAAAUGCGCGACACCAACGAGUCCACCAGUGCCCGCGUUUUCUACUUCAGCAUCUUCUCCAUGCUCUGCCUGGUGGGCCUGGCCACUUGGCAAGUCUUCUACCUCAGGCGUUUCUUCAAGGCUAAAAAACUCAUUGAGUGAGCGGACAGGCAGCUUCGACUCUGGGGCAAAGGGAACACACCUUGUUUUCUCCAGGGAUGUCCAAGGUGAACUGUGCUCUUCCUCACUCACUCGGAGCCCGUGCCAUCUGGGUCCCUUUCCGUAGGGACUUCCCUUUAGUUGCGGUGGAACGCUAAAAAUGAACUCGACAUUAUAUUGCCAACCAAGAUGGCACUGGCCAUCCUGAUAGCCAUGGGUUGUGGAGGAUGAUUGGAAAACCACUACGGACUGCUAUGCUUCCUUCUACCCUUUGCUGGUGGUGGGACUUGGUGUUUGAUUGGAUCAGUUACGUGGAAUCCCGGUCGCGAAAAACACUGGAUGCAUAUUUUAAGUACAGUAAUAACUUUUGGUUCCUAGAUGUCGCUGCCAUUUUAAUGGAUGGGGUGGUGUUACCAUGCCGUCUUCACUCAGAACUGACUAUUGAAUUUGGAUUGGGCAAAUGCUUUCACGCUCCCUCCUGUUUGGGUCUGUAAUAAUAAUAAUGAAUUUUGAUUGGAACCUGCCUCCUAAUUACCGUAUAUGCUCGAGUAUAAGCCGAACCGAAUAUAAGCCGAAGCACCUAAUUUUACCACACAAAAACCUGGGAAAACAUUGACUCCAGUAUAAGCCAAGGGUGGGAAAUUUCAGAAAUAAAAACAGAUACCAAUAAAAUUACGUUAAUUGAG